AUUUUAUUUCUCAACGAAAAUAUAUAAAUUGCAGACGAAAUAAAACAAAUGCGAGGGAAAGAACACAAGAAUUUGCUCAAAUGGAAGCUGGAGGAAAGAGUUGCGAGAGAGCAAGAAAGAAGACGCGAAGAGAGGCAGAUACUGGAGAAGAAGAAAGCAACCGAGAACAGGAUCAAAGCUGCUUCUUCGGUGAAAGAUCAUCUCACUAAUUUCCCGCAUUUUCGUCACUAUCGAGGAAACGGAUUGCAUGCACAUUUAGAGUCAGGACGUGGCGAUAGGCUCCCAGUUCGUACAAAACAAUACAUUCAAAACCUUCUUAAGUUAAAUAUGGAGGCACCUUUUGGAUCAGAGUGGCCAGAUGAAGAAAAGAUCAAGAGACGGGAUACGGUUGCACCAGAAGCUCGUUACAUAUUUGUGCACGAGGUAUCGGAUGAGGAUGCUGAUAAAGUGUCAGAAUUAAGGGACAUGGGGAAGGCAUGCAACUGUAAUGGCCCUAUUGUUGGUUUUGUACAUUACCGAUUCACUCUGGAGGAAGAAGUGCCUGUACUUUAUGUCUAUGAAUUACAGCUUGAGCAUCGUGUUCAAGGAAAGGGACUAGGAAAAUUCUUAAUGCAACUAAUUGAGCUUAUUGCUUCUCAGAAUGGAAUGGGUGCUGUGGUUCUAACUGUCCAAAGAGCAAAUCCAUUAGCAAUGAACUUUUAUAUCCAGAAACUGAGGUACACAAUUGCUGCAAUUUCACCCUCAAAAGUUAAUCCGUUGGGUCCAGAGAGAAACUAUGAGAUACUUUGUAAGUCAUUAGACCAUGAAGCUCAGGCAGUCUUGGAGGCGCCCCAAGAUACCACAUCCAACACAUGAGACACCCAGAUUGCUGAUGUACUGGUGUAGGUCGGUUCUUGCCCACAUGGUAAUAUAGAUUCCUACCAUUUGUUUAUUUAUUAUGCAUUUAUAAUCUGUGGCAUUUGACUUGAUAGAACUCUGUGUUCUUAGGGGAUAAAUUCUUUGUGACUCUCCAACUUCUGUCUUUUGUAAUGUAUCUUCCGUUAGUGUUCUCUUGUUGAGGGCCGCUUUGAUUAAAGAGUUCCAGUGCUUUGAAAUAUCA